CUAAAACUUAACCGUCCACAAGAUCAACUUAACUCCAAUUAUAACUUGAUUUUCCGAAGCACAAUAUAGGCCCAAACACUUAAUUAAAUACACAUAUGCACUUUUACCCUCACACUUAUAAAGGCUUGCACACGCACACUCUACCUAUAUAAGCACUUCUAUAGUCUGGACCUGCAGAUAUUUUGACUGAAGCCAUCACACAGGCAUCUCAAUAUACAAAGACUAAUUAACAAAAAUAGGUGGAAAGAUUCCACCUAUGGAUGCAUUGUUUAGCCUGCAUCCUUAAUUCCACCACAAGAAAUGUAACUAACCUUUUUCGAUAACGGAAAGAAAUUUACCUAACUGAAGCUACGCAUAGUUCUCAACUCACAUCAUACUUAAUGCAUCAAUACCCUACAAUAUCAACUACUAUCCUAGUCAUAACGUUCCCUCAGAGAAAGGAAAGGCAGGAGUAUCACUUUCCUCAUUAACUUUUAGACAAUGAUGAAAAGACAACUAUUGAAUGCACUGACCUGCAAGAGAUUCCCCAAUCUCUGCCAGUAACUCCAUUAUCAGCAAAGAUCCUUGCAAUCAACUGAUCUAGCUCUUAUAUAUAUAUUUAUAUAUAUCUUGUGUGUACAGUGCAACUGUAAAUCGUCAUUCAAGGCAUAUACAGCAUAAGCUCCUCUCCUUGAUCAGCCUUGACCUUGAUCAUUCCAGCCAUGAAAAUUGUGUGUUAUCUCUUCAUUUUCCACAGCCUUAUCCUUGCUGUUUUGUGUACCGGUGACAAGCAGUUCGUCUACUCUGGCUUCGGUGGUGCCAACCUCACCCUGGAUGGUGCUGCAACAGUCACCCCAGACGGCUUACUCCAGCUGACUAAUGGAACAGGUAACAUGAAAGGCCACGCGUUCUACCCGACCCCGAUCCAUUUCCGCAAGACCCCAAAUGGUGCUGUGCAAUCCUUCUCUGUUGCCUUUAUGUUUGGCAUCGUCUCUCUUCAUGCUGACUUGAGUGCGCAUGGCAUGGUGUUCUUGAUCUCUCCGAGCAAGAAUUUCUCCACUGCGUUGCCAAGCCAGUACCUGGGCCUCUUCAACCCACAGAACAACGGCAAGAUCACCAACCAUGUAUUUGCAGUCGAACUGGACACUAACCAAAACAAGGAGUUCCAUGACAUCAACAACAAUCAUGUUGGCAUCGAUGUCAACAGUCUACAUUCUGUGCAGUCGCAUGAUGCUGGCUACUAUGACAACGAAGAUGGUACGUUCCAGAACUUGACCCUUGCUAGCCAUGAUGUAAUGCAAGUGUGGGUUGAUUAUGACUCUCAGUACACAAGGAUCAGUGUGACCAUGGCUCCAAUCAGAAUGCCCAAGCCAAUGAGACCACUGAUCACAGCCACCUAUAACCUCUCUGAGGUAUUCACAGAGCCAGCAUACAUUGGUUUUUCAGCUGCAACUAGCCCAAUCAAUUCAAGACACUAUAUUCUUGGUUGGAGCUUUGGCAUGAGUAUGCCAGCUCCAGCCAUUGACACUUCCAAGUUGCCAGAGCUACCACGUGUAGGCCCCAAGCCUCAAUCCAAAAUCUUGGAAAUCAUCUUACCAAUAGCUACAGCAGCAUUAGUAUCCGUGACUAUAGUCAUCAUCUUUGAACUCAAGCGGAGACGACAGAUGUAUGCCGAGGUGUGCGAAGAUUGGGAGGCUGAGUUUGGGCCUCACCGAUUUGCAUAUAAGGAUUUGUUCCAUGCAACAAAAGGUUUCAACAAAAGGAACCUACUUGGAACAGGAGGAUUUGGGAGUGUAUAUAGAGGAGUACUUCCAAUAUCUAAAUUGGAGGUUGCUGUGAAGAAGAUUUCUCAUGAGUCAAGGCAGGGGAUGAAGGAGUUUGUUGCAGAGAUUGUAAGCAUUGGUUGUCUCCGACACCGUAACCUUGUAAGAUUACUUGGCUACUGUCGACGAAAGGGUGAACUGCUUUUAGUUUAUGACUAUAUGUCUAAUGGGAGUCUUGAUAAAUACUUGUACUUUGAUGAGGGAACAUGCAUAUUAGAUUGGUCUACGAGGUUUCAUAUCAUCCAAGAUGUUGCAUGCGGUCUACACUAUCUCCAUGAGAAGUGGGAAAAAGUUGUUAUCCACCGAGAUAUCAAGGCAAGCAAUGUGCUACUUGAUAGCAAAAUGAAUGGACGGCUUGGUGACUUUGGUCUUGCAAGAUUAUAUGACCACGGGAAAGACCCGCAAACGACACAUGUGGUUGGCACCAUAGGGUACCUAGCCCCUGAGCUAACACGCACAGGAAAAACAUCCCCACUUACAGAUGUUUUUGCUUUUGGCAUAUUUCUUCUUGAGGUAACUUGUGGGCAAAGGCCUCUGAAGCAAAAUGCUCAAGAUGCACAAAUUAUAUUGGUUGAUUGGGUAUUAGAACAUUGGCGAAACAGAAGACUCAUUGAGGUUGUGGAUUCAAGGCUCAAUGGCAACUUUGAUAUGGAGGAGGCAUGCUUGCUGCUAAGGCUUGGGUUGUUGUGUUCUCACCCAUUUGCUGGUUCCAGGCCCAGCAUGAAACUUGUUAUGCAAUACCUCGAUGGAGAUGUACCAUUCCCUGAUGCAACAUUGAUGGAUAUGAACGUCAAAAUUUUGUCCAUGAUGGAGAACGAAGGAUUCAACCUAUCCACAAUGUCACAUCAGCAGUUAAUGACAAGCUUUGGCACAAUGUCCAUCCUCUCUGGAGGAAGAUGACACUCGAGCAUGGUUUACCGACAGCAAGUGCAGUAUUCAUUUACAUUUUCGUGCAUCCUAUAUUUGUAAUAUAAGCUCUUAGAAAACAUAAGAUUCUUAAUAUAAGUUUUCACUAUUGAAUACAUGCAUUGAGAGCCCCUGCACUAUCUUUAUUA